AUGGCUGAGGAAGAACACACUGCCACCUUCAAAAUCUUCUUCGAAGUUCCCCGCUUCACCAUCACUUACAAAAACAAGAAAGAUCUUUUCAAGACCUUUCAGAAGAAGCUAAAGCAGCUCAACUUGAACGCUGAUGGCAUUAUGUGGGCUGAUUGGGACGGUGACCGUUUUGUGCUCAAAUCUCCUGAGGACCUAGUUGGAGCAGUCGGUCACUACAACGGCAGCCCCGUGAAAAUAUUCUAUCCUACUCCACAUCAUCAGGCUUUUCUUACGGCUACCCGGUUCCAACUCCUUAUUAUUCCUUCAAUCCAGCGUUAUCAAUGA